AUGCCUCGGCCUCUAUCUCCACAUCCAACUCCCCCAGUGGGUCUUGCUGCCCUCCGCUCUGCAGCUCCUCCUGCCCUCCACUCUGCAGCUCCUGCUGCCCUCCACUCUGCAGCUGCUGCUGCUCUCCACUCCGCAGCUCUUGCUGCUCUCGGCUCUGCAGCUCCUGCUGCCCUCCACUCUGCAGCAGCUGCUGAUCUCCUCUUUGCAGCUGCCGCUGCCCUCCGCUCUGCAGCUCCUGCUGCCUUCCGCUCUGCAGCUGCUGCUGCCCUCCCCUCUGCAGCAGUUGCUGCUGCCCUCCGCUCUGCAGCUGCUGCUGCCCUCCGCUCUGCAGCUGCUGCUGCCCUCCCCUCUGCAGCUGUAGCAGUUUGCGCCUACGAUGCUCUUCCCAAGCUGCCCUCGCAGCCUCCAAUGCCACAUCGGCGAUCGUUGGUGAGCCCUUGCGAGAGGAGAGUAGCAGAAAGUACAACCAUGUCUGGAGCAACCGCAGUUUUGAUCAAUGCUGUUGAGCAGCGAUUUCCUGGGGUUCUUGAAGUGGCAUCUUCAGCUGAUCAAACCUCUGGACAAUUCACGUUACAUGAAGGAUUUCAGCAGCACGUGCAAAAAACAUCUCAGCAGCCUCCACAAGAAGCACCACACCUUUCGCAACUUCUAACUGAGUCGACUCGGAAGGAAUUCGUAACCAUGCCGCUAGAGACCCAUAUGAAUGGCGAUGGUACACCUGCUCAGUUGCCAGGUGCAUCCGAUCAGUUUUCUCCAACAUCAAAGCUCAAGAAACGACGCACAAGCCUUCAUCACGGGCUUCGCCCAGGCGAUGGUGUCAAUGGGGAGACUGUUGAAGUGCUGGAAGCUCAAAUUGAUCAUGGCAAACUCUCUGCUUUGAAGGACGAUGACAAUGUGAAUUCUGAAGCUUUUGGGAACGCCAUGAUGUCUCUGGAGGCUGUCCAUCUGUCUCUCCUUAUCAUGACGUCACAUGGGAUGCCAAAGCAAGUCUUUCAGGAAGAAGUGAUUGAAAAAAUUAUUGAAUGCAUUCGAUUCCACAUGUCACGGAACAUUUUCUGUGCGUGUGAUGCUGUCUACCGGCAAGCACAUGCUGAUGAUGAUGAAACUGCAACAGGUGCAGAUGGUGCUGCGGAACCAUCAAAAUCUGAGCGCAAAGGACGAAGAAAGUCUAAAGGCAUUGAUGGCAGGGCUUCCAAGGCCGUUUCAGCUCUGAUGGACAAGGUCUGCAGUAUUCUGCCCAUAUUUGCGACGCUUCUUUCAGUAACAAGGCUGCCAGACAGCUCAGUACUGCAAAUUACCAAGACUGGACUUGAAGCACUCAGUGUGGACAAUGUGCAUUUGCUUCAGCUGAAAUCGAUUUUGCUGAUCACUGCAAUUUUUCGUGUCUACCCACACCAUAGGAGCUUGGUGAUGGAUGAGAUUGCUCUAUUGUUGUGGAAGCUGCACACGGGAAAGAAGCUCUCAAGAACUUACCAUCUGAUGGAGAACAGUAGCACUAUUCAGCUGGUUUCAGCACUGCUGCUGCAGCUCUUUCAGUGCUGUGUCUUUCUUCCUGAGCCAGAACCUGAGCCUCAAGUAGAGGAAGAGAUUUCCAUCAACGAGAUAAAAGCUGCUCCAGUCAAGAAAGGAAAAAGGGGGCGACGGCGGCCUUCGAGCUCGGCUGAUGAGAAAGAGGCUCUUGAUGUCGCAGCAACCAACCAGAUAAACGAUUUGGCAAACACGAACGGAGAGGGUAAUGGCAAACUUGAUGCUGACGAUGGAAAGGGCAGCCCUGAGAAGGGUCAUUCUGACACGGGGCUGGAAAGUGCAAUCGAUGCAGUCAGAUACUUCUGGAAGGUAGCUUUGGAGCGCUGGUCGGCUCCUAAGGCUGGUUCUGAAGGAGCGGACUCCAAAGCAGUGCUAGAAGCCUUGGUUGAAGACCUGCUACUGGCGCUCCACCUUCCAGAGUACCCUGCUGCGAGCCUCAUGCUCCAAGUUCUGUGCGUUUUUUUGGAUUCAAGCUGUGGCCUGAAGUCCGAUAGCUCAGCUGUCAAAGGCAUGGCCAUUGACAUUCUUGGGGUCAUAGCGUCCAAGCUCAAAAUGGAUCAAAAAUCCAUUGAAAAAGAUAUGGUGCCUCUUGUGAAGGGCCUUUGCAAGCCAUUGGGAGAUGAUUCUUCUGCACCCUCUUCUGUUGAUCCCAAAGAGGAGCAGGUUAAUGGCACUGACACUGCUGUCCCUGGAAACGUGAAGGAAGAGCCAUCAUGCACCCCAAACGGGACAGCAGUCGUGCCUACAGGGUGUGUGGUCUGUACAGUUGCAGGAGAUUCAGCUCGCCGUCCCAAUGCCCUGACCUCUUGUUCUGCAUGCUCGAGCGUUUUUCAUUCUGACUGCAUGGGAGUGAGUGAGGGCGAUGGAGGGCCUGCGUCUCUUGGAAGUGAGGUCAUGUGUGUUCCAUGCCUCGUCAAGCAGCGUUUGGAAAGGGCCAUCGGAGGAGAUACUAAGGAAACGGGAGCUGCUGUGACGAAUUUGAUGGUCUUGGAGCAGAUGGUUCUGGACUACCUUGCAGCCAGCAUGAAACGGAAUCGAGUGUGUGCUGAUGCUGGAAGCUUCUGGAUUGCAACGUGGCUGAAAGAUUCCACCCCACAAUUGAAUGCAGCCCCAGAAAGCCCCAUGAACAGAAUAUACAGUGCUCGUUUCCAUAUAUUCAAGCCACACAUGGAAUCAGUCGAUGCUCUUCAGAUGGUUGAUCCGUCUGUACCGCUACUGCCAGCAACAGCUGCACUUGCUCCUGGUUCGAAUGUGGCGGUUGCACCAAGGGAGCUUGUGCUUCGCGUGGUUCGGAGUUUAAACUUGCGUCGCGCAUUUCAUCGGAGUUUCUCUGCUGUGUUGACACGGCUCUUGGCUUGUUUGAAGGACAGGCCAACAAAUCGUGCCAAAGCAAUGAAAGCAUUGAGCAUGGUGGUAGAGGUGGAUCCAAGCAUCCUUGCUCUGGACAAGGUGCGGAAGGCAGUGGAGGAUCGGUUUCUGGAUGUGUCAGUCAGUGUGAGAGAGGCUGCAAUCGACCUGGUUGGGAAGCACAUCAUUGGAUACCCAGAAGUUGCGCUGAAGUACUAUAAUACCGUCACAGACCGCAUCCGAGACACUGGUGUGAGUGUGCGAAAGCGAGUCAUUCGUAUCGUCCGGGAGCUUUGCUUGCAGCAUCGUGGCUUUCCCCAUGCAGCAGAGGCCCUGGCACGCAUCUUCACACGAUUUAGUGAUGAGGAGGCUAGUGUUCGUGACUUGGUCCUCAAGACCUUCCAUGAUGUUUGGUUUGAGGGAGCGGCUUCAACCACUGCUGUGGCCAACACUGACGAUUCGGCUGCUGUUGGUGCUGGCAUUUGGGGCACCUCAAAGGUUUCACAAGAAGAGUCAGAGGAGCACAAGGUGGCUGCUAUAGCUGGGCAACUUGUGGAGGUCUUGCGGACGCAGAAGUGCCAUCAGACCAUAGUCUCAAUCAUCAGGCGGAGUUUGGAGAUCAGUGACGAAGCUGCAGACAAGAAAUGUGAUGCACAGAAUGGAGUGUUGGCUACAUCGACUAUCUCAGCGACCUCCUUUGCUCCCCUCUCCGCUCAAGCCGGUGGACAACAGAGGCCUUUUGUGAGGAUGCGCUGUGAAGCUAUCUGUCGUUAUCUUCUUGACCAGGUCCUAUUGGUACAAGAGCGGGAAUCGGAUGAGUUCGCAGCACUUCCGUUUGUGAUGGCUCUCCAGGCAUUUUGUGAAGUGGAUGCUACACUGUGCACUCCACCUGUGGAUCCAAGUCGAUUUGCAACCACGCUGCUUCCAUACUUGACAACAACACAGGAUGACAGGAGCAAUGGUGAUGUCAAGCCACGAGAGAGGGCCGAACGGCAGGCCCGACUUGCUUGUCUGUCAGAGUCCAUUGUUCGGGUGAUAGCAGGAAUUCUGGCACAUCUUCGCCGGCCACCAUCAUCUCUUGUCAAUGAGCUGGAUCAGGUCCUUGCAUGCCUCAUCAUCAGCAGCAGCUUCAUGAACCUUGUUCAUGUCUCCAUCAGGUGUCUUUGCACUCUCCAGAUUGUCUCUCCACGGCCUCUGAAAUCGUUUCAGCUGCUUGUUCCCCGAUUCUAUCGCGCACUUACCAACCCCAACGAAAGCAAAUUUCAUUGGCGCAGCCUUUUUGCACUUGGCCUUCUGUGCCGUUAUGGCGCCAACGAAGUUGAAGCCCUAGAGCCCCCUCUUCCAAUUCCGUCUAUCCUUUCUGUUUUCAAGUCCUUCCUCUCGUCUCCUGAAGAAGAGCUUCAGCAGCGUGCCCUCCAGGCCUUGGGUUUUGCUUUCAUUGCACGGCCACAAGAAAUGGUUACCGAGGAUGCGGCCCAUAUUUUUGGAAAUGCACUUCGCAUGGAGGCCCCAAGCAAGCAGAAGGUGCAAGUUCUGAGGAGCUUUCAAGAGUAUUUGACGGAUGUGGAGGAGAAGAUGGUGGAGCAGAAUCGCCGGAAACUUCAAACCGAAGCAGCAGCAAAGAAGGCACAAGACGCUGCCAGGCACCGUAACACGGUAGAACUUCAGGAAGAAAGCAGCGAAGGGAUUGGAGCAGGUGGAAGCAGCAGCGCGGCUGGGGUUGUGCCCGUGGCUGCAGGUGCGGGGGACACAAAUGUGUGCAGUGGAGUCAUUCAGCAGCACUGGGAAGCGAUCUUGCAGUGCUGUAUGGACAUGGACCCGGACGUUAGACAAACAGCACUGAAGUUGGUGGAGAUUGUUCUGAAUCAAGGGCUCGUGCUACCAGUCACGUGUGUUCCUCAGUUGAUUGCUCUUCAAGUUGACCCUGAUGAGACGACUUGGAAGACAUCACACCACCUUUUAUCACUGAUCAAUGACAGGUGGGGCAACUAUCGCUUCAUCGAGAAUCGGUUUACUGACGGCAUGCGCUUGGCCUAUGGCUUCAUGAGGGCUCUCUCUGCUCAUCCAACUAACACUCAGUCUAAUCCAGCAAUGAAGACCCCCACCAAGGCAGAUUCAAAUGCUUCAAGAACAGCUUCAGGCCCAGCAACUCAUGCUGCCAAUGCCAAACUUCUUGGGCUAGCUCGGGAAGGGUUGGGGCGUGUUUACAAGCUGAUUCGAGGCAACCGCAGUUCACGAAACAACAUCUUCCUCUCGAUCAUCAGAAAAUUUGACUCUGUUGAUGCGAGCAGCAGUAUGAGCAACAAAUUGGGCAGCAGCACUCCCACCAGCAGUCCUUCUACGAGCAGAGCACAUCAAGAACCGCCCUCACCUUACAGUGUGACUCCUGCUGGAGCAUUUGACAUCUACUUUCUUGCGUUCUGUGCACAGGUGGUUGCAACUUUUCCGUUUGCUCUUCCUGAUGAGCCACUCUUCCUGGUUCAUCACAUCAGCCGUGUGGCCCACAUGAGAGGUGGCUCUCUUCAUUCUUCCAUCAAGUACCUCUUCCGACCAUCUAGCCCGCUCGGACCGUCUGUCACAUCUGCUGUCAAGGCGAUCGAAGAGGAGCAAGCAGCCCGGUGUGGGAAUGCAUAUCGCAUUACGGAGGAGGAGGAAGACGAUGAGGAAGCGGGAGGCUCUCAGCCUAUCGAGAUCACCAUUCCUGAAGGAGCAUCCUGCUGUGGGAAUGAUCCACAGGAGCAGCAGGCCUUUCUUGAUGGAGCUCUUCGAAGGCUCAAGGAUGAUACUCGAGCUGCAAUGGCACUCUCCUUGCUUCUUCAGCUGAAGGGUUGGUUGAAGGCGGCAUACUCCCUCACCGAUGCACGAUGCUUGGCGUAUAAUCCGAGCGAGUCUCAGCGGAACACCAACAGUGAAGCCCUUGGACAACGGGCUCCAGGAGAUCUUUCAUUGCACAACCUUCCAUUGGACAUUUCCAAUGAUAUGCGCCAGUUCAUCCUGCAAUAUCAGGCAUUCAAGAGAUUGAUGAAGAAUGAGUCCAUUGGAGACUACACUGGUUUCACUGUUUCCACUCCAAGCAAGCCCAGGGGGGGAACCAAGGCUGCAGGAGGGUUUGCAGGGCCUACAGAAGGAGAGGAGGGUGCAAUCGGGGGAGAAGCUGGCGAUGCACCUUAUAGUGCUCCAGUGCAUGGAGCUAAGCGUAAGCGGGGGCACCCCCCGAAGCCUGUUCCGGCCACUCCGCAUGGUGGAAGUGGGGAUGAGUGGGAUGCAUCUACACAGAAGAGCAAGAGAGGGAGAAAAAGUCACGCAAUGAAAGCUCGGCGGCUUUCCUUGUGA